AUGGCUUCUUCCAAGCUCAGAAGUUCGUGUUCUUUCCCAAAUGUUCUCCUCUCAUUCUUGAACUUCGUUCUCUUCUUACUCUCUGUUUCAUCUCUGGCUCCCAUAGUCUUCCUCAAACUGCCUCCAACUUCUCUGGGAUGGGCACUAAUCAUGGUUUCAACCAUCUCCAUUUUCUCUUCUUUCAUCGGAUUCUACUCUCAGCUCACCCACUUUUGCUUCAUCACCCACGUUUCCCUCCUCCUGGCUUCAUCCAUCGGCCAAAUCCUCGCGAUUUUCGCGCUUUUCACCAGGGAGAAAUCGAGCAUUUCCGCGCUGAAAUCGCCGAGGGAUCCGAGAGAAUCGAAGCUUAUGGUGAGGAUGGAAUGUGGGAUUUUGAUGGCUAUGUUUGUGAUGCAAUUGGCUGUCCUAAUGUUGACUUGCGCAGUGCAUAGCUGUUGGGUCAGAGAGUAUGAAGGGUUAGAAGCUGAAAGAGAAGCCAUGGACAGGAAAAGGAGUAUGAGGAUUGCUAAAGUUCAGGAGGAAUCCAUGGCUAAUGCAGCUAAAUUGGCUGAGAUUAAAUCCAAAGAGUUUGAUGAGAAGCUGAAGAGCAAAUAUGGGCUGUUGGUCAAAACUGAUGCUGAAGUCUAA